AUGGUUACAAAGUUUAGAGAGUAUGAAGCCGACGAUAAAGAUAUCAGUGAAGCUUCUUUUGAUGGAACUCAUCGGUGCAAAGAUUUUGACAUAUCAAAGGAAGCAGGUGGGGUUAGAAGAGCAAUUAGGAAGAGCUUUACUGCUAAUGUCACUGAGAACCAUCUUGAAAUUCACCUAGUUUGGGCUGUGCUACUUGGAAUGGAACCUAAACUGAAAACUUUCAGUUAUGUUGAGUUGAGAUCUGCAACAAAAGACUUCAACCCUUCAAAUAAGCUAGGAGAGGGAGGAUUUGGACUUGUGUACAAGGGUGUGCUUUCUGAUGGAAGAAUGAUAGUUGUGAAGCAACUUUCAUUGGGAUCCCACCAGGGGAAAAAUCAGUUUAUUAAUGAGAUCGCUUCCAUAACUGUAGUGCAACAUCGCAAUCUUGUGAAAUUGUAUGGAUGCUACAUUGAAGGAACUAGGUGCCUACUUGUUUAUGAAUAUCAUGAAAACAACAAUCUUGAUAAAGUAUAUUUUGUGGUUAUCUGGCACAAGUAUGCGAUGCGUGGGCACUUGACAGAUAAGGCUGAUGUAUUCAGUUUUGGUGUUGUUGCUUUGGAGAUUAUCAGUGGAAGAGCAAACUCUUAUAGUAACUUGGAUAGGGAAAAGACUUAUCUUCUCGAAUAG